UUUGGGAGCAGCUUAAGCAGUGGCUUUGGUGGAGGCUUGGGUGGUGGUUUCGGUGGUAGCUAUGGAAGUGGCUUAGGCUCUGGUUUUGGAGGUGGUUUUGGUGGUGGCUCAGGCUCUGGUUUUGGAGGUGGUUUUGGCAUCACUGGUGCUGGGGAUGGAGGCCUUCUUUCUGGCUCGAAAAAAGAAACUAUGCAGAACCUCAAUGACCGUCUGGCUGCUUAUCUGGACAAAGUACGAUCUCUGGAGGAUGCCAAUACUGAGCUGGAGCGCAAAAUCCGUGAGUGGUAUGAGAAAAAUGGCCCUGGCGCUGCCAUCCCUGGAUCUGGGAAUGACUACAGUAAAUAUUGUCCUAUAAUUGAAGAUCUUCGAAACAAGAUCAUCAAUGCAACUAUUGACAACGCAAGAAUCAUUUUGCAGGUCGAUAAUGCCAGACUGGCUGCUGAUGACUUCAGAUUGAAAUAUGAGAACGAAGUGGCUCUUCACCAGAGCGUAGAAGCUGACAUUAACGGUCUGCGCAGAGUUCUCGAUGAGCUGACUUUGACAAGAGCUGAUUUAGAGUUGCAGAUUGAAAGCCUGAAUGAAGAACUGGCUUAUCUCAAGAAGAAUCAUGAAGAGGAGCUUCAGGGCAUCCAAAGCAGUGCAUGUGGCCAAGUCAGCGUUGAAAUGGACGCUGCUCCAGGAACGGACCUGACCAAGGUUUUGAAUGACAUGAGGGGACAGUAUGAAGUUAUUGCUGAGCAAAAUCGUAAAGAGGCUGAAGCAUGGUUCAAUGAAAAGAGUGGAGAGCUGAAGAGGGAGAUCUCCACCCAUACUGAGCAGCUUCAGUCGGGGAAGAGUGAGCUCACAGACCUAAAACGGACUCUCCAGAGCCUGGAAAUUGAACUACAGUCCCAGCUUGCCAUGAAAAAGUCCCUUGAAGACACUUUAGCAGAAACAGAAGGAGGUUACUGCGCUCAGCUUUCACAAAUGCAGCUUCAGAUUGGGAAUCUGGAGUCUCAGCUGUUCCAGGUCAGGGCUGACAUGGAGCGCCAGAAUGCGGAGUACCAACAACUUCUAGACAUCAAGACUCGCCUGGAAAUGGAGAUUGAAACCUAUCGUCGCUUGCUGGAUGGGGAGUUUGUACAUUCUGCUUUGUUCUAUAAUUCGUCACACCUUGAUAAAUAUUGUUGUGUUUUGCUUUGUUUAUGAUGUUUAGAUCCUAACAAAACUAGAAAGAUCAAGACAAUUGUCGAAGAAGUGGUAGACGGAAAAGUUGUUGCAUCCCACGUUAAGGAAGUUGAAGAGAAGAUAUGA